GCUCGUGGCAAAAAACGACGUAUUGAGGGCUUUUGCCUUGCGCCACCAACACGGGGCACCAUUUCCCAUUCCCUUCCAUUGAAUCUUCGUAUCCGCCGCUCUUUUCUCUUCACCAUCACAAUCGACGUCUAAACCAGCGUCGCCGGCGUCAACGACAGCGAGCACGAUAGAGCGAUCCGAACCCUCCUUGGCUCAAAACAAUGGAUUAUCGUGAUCAAAGACCUCCGCGGUCUGCUUACCACCAGCAGUAUCAUCACCCAUCACCUCCACAGUCACCCCCCGUAUACCCAGAGCAGCAGUAUUCUGGGCACCAUCGCCCGUCCUCGCAGCCGAGGCCAGCCUUCAACCAGUCCCAUGAGGGCAGGUCACCAAAUAUAUCCUUCCAAAAUAUUGAGCGUGGUGAUAGGCAGAGUGCCCUAGAUCAGCAACGCCAGCGUACAAUGCCCUCCGCAUAUCAAAAUCAACUUUCCCCUACCUAUGUCGACACAGAAGGAGCAGAGUACAUAGAUCCUGGGCGAGUGGGGCGGAAGAAGAGUCUGGUAAGGCCAGACAGAGAGAAGAUUGAACCUGGCCAUAGGCAAUGGCACUAUCGCACCCAUGCAGCGCAGAUGCAGGACGAGGGAACCGGCAGAGUGGGCGUACAGCCGUCCACUACUGGAAACUAUCCGCAGAAAGCAAAGCUUCGCAGAGGGAAAUCCCUCCUUGGGCGUGAGGAGGACGUGCAGGAGUCGGGACUUGCUCUCUUCAAACGGGGUGCGACCCUUCGGCGCAAGCGCCCAGCGUCGACUCAGGCCCCCGCGCCACCGACAGUACCUGACCGCAACUCGCGCAAAUGUCUCGACAGCAUCGGGCCAGGACCUAAGGAUGCCUGGUUUAUCUACUGUUACCUUCUUACCUGUUUGAUUCCUCACUUCCUGUUCAGAGCGUGCGGUAUCCGCACACCGGACCAGCAGCGUGCAUGGCGCGAGAAAAUGGGUCUCAUUAGCAUUAUCUUGAUGGAGAUGACUGCUGUCGGUUUUAUCACAUUCGGCUUCACAGAAGCCGUUUGCGGGACGCCUCCAAAUCGAUUCCACCAAGGCCAGAUCCAGAACAAUUCGGUAAUCAUUCACGGCUAUGACUACGACUUUUCCAACUUCAAGCAUCCAGCUGUCGGGCCGUUCAACGGAUCAACAAACCCACUUCUGACUGGUGGAUGGAACAUCGCGGGUAACGAUGCCAGCUUCUUGUUCCAGAUCACCAAUGAUAAUUGCCUGGGCGUUAUUACGAAGGGGAACGGUUCCAGUAUCACAGGCAGCGGGUCAAUGCUGGAUUGGUACUUCCCAUGCAAUGUGUUCAAUCCGCAGACAAACUCGCAGAAUACGUCCGGAUAUACAGAUUCGACGAACUGUCAUGUAUCUUCCACAGCAAGGCAGGGACUAGCUGCAAUGAAACCUCAGGGGCAGGUUUACUAUACAUGGGAUGAUGUCGCAGCUUCUGACCGUAAUUUGGCCGUAUUCGAGUCAAACGUUCUCGACCUAAACCUCCUACAGUGGCUCAACACCACUGAGGUGCAGUAUCCUGCCGUCUUCGAUGAGCUGAAGAAUGGGGAUGGGACAUAUAAUGGAAAAGACCUCUCGAUGAUGUUCCUACGAGCAAACCAGCGCCAGAUCGGCAUGUGUCUCCAGGACGUGAUCACGGUCGGGUUCAUCGAUACCAAUUCAAUUGGUUGCGUUGCCUCCGAGGUCGUCCUCUACCUUUCCCUUGUAUUCAUCAUCGGCGUCGUUUCCAUUCGCUUCGUCAUGGCUGUCAUGUUCGCAUGGUUUUUCUCAUGGAAGCUUGGGAAUUUCCCGCGGGAGACAUAUGAGCAACGCAUGCAGCGCUCCGCUGAGAUUGAGGCCUGGUCGAAUGACAUCUACCGACCUGCACCGAGCGAGUAUCGCCCUAACGUGAGCAAGAGUGGGCUGCGGAAUGGAAAGGUUGGGAAGAAAGGCUUCUUCCCGUCAACCUCCCGCUUCACACCGCAGGAGAACAUGCCUAAGGGCGCCUCUCCUCGCCCUACCACGAAUUUCGGAAUGGCUGAUCCAUACAAGCGGAACACCACAUACUCCACUACCAAGGCUCCCUCUAAAGUGACUCCCCCUGACACACCAUACCGCCAGUCAAGGAGCACUAUGUCGUUUGCUGACGUCUCGUCUCGUAAUAUAUCCCCUCGCUCGGUAUUUCUCGAUACCCCCUGUCCGUUCCCCCUGCAGAAUGUUGUACCACAGCCUGCUCCCGAUUUCGAACCUUUCAACUUCCCCCUCGCGCACACUAUUUGCCUGGUCACAGCAUACUCAGAGUCUGUUGAGGGUCUUCGUACAACCCUCGACUCCCUCGCCACGACAGAUUAUCCUAACAGCCACAAGCUCAUUCUGGUCAUCGUGGAUGGUAUGGUCAAGGGUGCUGGGAACACAAUGACCACGCCAGAGAUCUGUCUGUCGAUGAUGAAAGACUUUAUCAUCCAACCCCGUGAUGUCGAGGCGCACUCCUAUGUCGCCAUUGCAGAUGGGCACAAGCGUCACAACAUGGCUAAGGUCUACGCCGGUUUCUACGACUACGAUGAUGCCUCAGUUGAACGGUCGAAGCAGCAGCGCGUCCCCAUGGUUGUCGUCGCUAAGGUUGGCAACCCGCUUGAAGCUAAUGAUGCGAAGCCUGGAAACAGAGGCAAGCGUGACUCGCAGAUCGUGCUCAUGGCGUUCUUGCAGAAAGUCAUGUUUGACGAGCGGAUGACGACGUUUGAGUAUGAGUUCUUCAACUCUGUCUGGCGCGUGACUGGUGUCAGCCCAGAUCGGUAUGAACUUGUGCUUUGCGUUGAUGCGGAUACCAAGGUGUUCCCGGAUUCGCUAACGCGCAUGGUAUCAUGUAUGGUCGUGGAUAUUGAGAUCAUGGGGCUGUGUGGAGAGACGAAGAUUGCGAACAAGGCGGAUAAUUUCGUGACAAUGAUGCAGGUCUUCGAAUACUACAUCUCACACCACAUGACUAAGGCCUUCGAAGCCAUGUUUGGUGGUGUUACUUGUUUGCCUGGUUGUUUCAGUAUGUACCGGAUCAAGGCUCCCAAGGGCGACACUGGGUACUGGGUUCCCGUCCUGGCAAAUCCCGAUAUUGUGGAACGCUACUCGGAAAACAUUGUUGACACGCUGCACAAGAAGAACCUAUUGCUUCUCGGAGAAGAUCGAUACCUCACGACCCUAUUGCUCAAGACAUUCCCGAAGCGCAAGAACAUGUUCUGUCCCCAAGCAGUCUGCAAGACGAUCGUCCCUGACACCUUCCGCGUGUUGCUCUCCCAACGUCGUCGCUGGAUUAAUUCAACGAUCCACAAUCUGUUUGAGCUCGUUUUGGUCCGUGAUCUUUGCGGAACCUUCUGUUUCUCAAUGCAAUUCGUUGUGGGUAUGGAGCUUUUGGGAACGCUUGUCCUUCCCGCGGCUAUCAGUUUCACUCUUUACCUCAUCAUCAUCUCGAUCAUUCCUGGCGGUGCCAAUACUACCAUUCCCCUCGUGCUGUUGGCCAUCGUCCUCGGUCUACCCGGUCUUCUCAUUGUCGUGACGUCACGCAAGGUCGCGUAUGUCGGAUGGAUGAUUGUAUAUUUGUUUUCGCUGCCCAUAUGGAACGGUCUCCUCCCUGCUUAUGCGUUCUGGCAUUUUGAUGACUUCUCGUGGGGUCAGACGCGGCAGAUUGCGGGUGACAAGGGUGGCGACCAUAGUGACAAGGAGGGAGAAUUUGACUCCUCGCAUAUCGUCAUGAAGCGUUGGGCCGAGUUUGAGCGUGAUAGGCGGUGGAAGAGUGGGGUGCAAUCCCGUGACUCGACUGUCAACCGGUAUUCCAUGGCGUCGAAUUCUGAUAUUAACCACCCGACAUCUAAUGGUGGUCUCGACUCUUCGACGACGGAGUCUAUGCCCAGUGCGCCUUACACAUCUGGUGCCCGGUCAAGACACGACAGUAACACCCUUCUUACGCUCCCCGCGCCACUUUCCGCCAGCAGGAACCACGCCUCUUUAACGUCAGCUUCAUCAGCUGCCAUCUCGCGCUCCAGCGAGGACGUUGUGUAUUCAGACGUAGGCUCGACCUCAAACCAACGGCUUGUUCCGAGCCCGCAAGACCAAUAUAUCGAUUCAUAUAACGAAUCUCCGGCACCGCGGUACCCUCAGUUUGACGCACAGGUUACCCGGGCAGGGGGUGUUCUUCGCAAUCCAACCAUAUCUAGCCAAUACCCUGGAGAAACUCAGAACCCAUUCCGAUCUGAGGCGCAUGUGGCUGCCUAUGAUGAUCAAUAUGGCGGUUAUAGUGCCGAGCCGGAAGAUAUGUCGCCACCACCUGUACCCAGCAAAUAUCAGCAGCAGGGAGGCCGCGGGGUUAGCUUGUCUGACAAUGGGCCCGUCCCUGGGCCCGAGGGCGUGCGCAGGGUAGCGAGACAAUCAGUUCGUCGACCCCCAUCGCAGGCGCCUCAGAACCGAUACUCUCGAUCGUCGACGGCGUUUAAUUUACCACCUGGCGCAGCGCCUCCCCAGCCCGGAGCAUAUGGAGGCGGAUAUUAAGGACUAUUUCUACUUUUGAUUUCAUGUGACAUUCUUCGAGACUAGCUUGACAGGUUCCAGACCUUGGCUUCGCAGUGAUUUACGGAUUCUCUUGCAAUCUCGUUUGCUCUCUAUGGACUCCGCUCACACGUGUUCUGUGAUGAUACCUAACGACUUUUUUCGUGCUUCUCGUCUUUCCUUCACUUUUAUCUUAGCGUGCGCCAUUGAUCUCGAACAGUACCGCAAAACGCAAUAUCUCUGUAAUAUUUCAAUUUUGAUGCCUAAA